AUGUCGUUGACGCUCCGUUCGGCCAUCAAUGGCGCCUCGUCGUCCACGGCCGUGAUCGUGCCCGCCGCUGGCCCCGGCGCCCAGCCGCUGGAAGUGUCCUAUCUCGAUCUCGUUUCCGAGGUCUCCCGCUACCAGGCCAAGCUUGCCGCCCUCGGCAUCGGCCGCCGUGCCCCCGUCUCCAUUGCCACCGUCAACUCGUACGAGUUUAUCGUGUCGUUCUUGGCCGCCUCCUGGCAGCGCGCCGUCGCCGCACCCCUCAACCCGGCCUACAAGCAGGACGAGUUUGAGUUUUACAUUGAGGACGUCCAGUCGGCCAUUGUGCUCGUGCCCAAGGGCGCAUUUGCCGCCGAUGCCCCUGCCGUGCGGGCUGCCCGCAAGUUCCGCGCCGCCAUUGCCGAGUCCUACUGGGACGCCGAGCGCGGCGAGGUCGCGCUGGACGUCAAGGAGUUUGGCCGCCUUGAAAGCGGGCCGCAGCCGACACUAUGGCCAAAGCCGCACGACGUGGCCCUGGUCCUGCACACGAGCGGAACAACAUCGAGACCGAAAGUGGUCCCAUUGACGCACCGCAAUCUCACGGUGACGAUGAAAAACAUUCAGGACACGUACAAGCUGACGCCGGCGGACCGGUCUAUGCUCGUCAUGCCCCUCUUCCACGUCCACGGCCUGCUCUGCGGGCUGCUCGCCCCCCUCUUCUCAGGCGGCUCGCUCAUCGUGCCCCCCAAGUUCUCCGCCACCGAGUUUUGGCGCGACUUUGUCGGCCACAAGGCCAACUGGUACACGGCUGUCCCCACCAUCCACCAGAUCCUUCUCAAGCAUCCCAUCCCCAACCCGCGGCCGCCCAUCCGCUUCGUUCGCUCCUGCUCCUCUCCGCUGUCCCCCACCGUCUUUGCCCAGCUCGAAACGGCCCUCGGCGCCCCCGUUCUUGAGGCCUACGCCAUGACUGAGGCAGCCCACCAGAUGACCUCCAACCCGCUGCCGCCUGCCAAGCGGAAGCCGGGUGCCGUCGGCCUGGGGCAGGGCGUCGAGGUCCGCAUCCUGAACGACGCGGGCGCCGAGCUGCCGCAGGGCCAGGAGGGUGAGAUCUGCGUCAAAGGCGACAACGUCACGUCCGGCUACCUCAACAACCCCGCCGCCAACGCCACCGCCUACACCGCCGACGGCUUCUUCCGCACGGGCGACCAGGGCCGCAAGGACGAAGACGGCUACAUUCAGAUCACGGGCCGCAUCAAGGAGCUCAUCAACAAGGCCGGCGAGAAGAUUAGUCCCAUUGAGCUCGACAAUGUCCUGACGCGCCACCCCGAGGUCGCUGAUGCCGUCAGCUUUGCCAUAAAGGACGACGUGUACGGCGAGGACAUUGGCGUCGCCGUCGUGCGCAAGCCGGGCUCCUCGCUGCAGCCGGAGGCGCUGCAGCGCUGGGCCGCGGAGAAGCUGGCCAAGUUCAAGGUGCCCAAGAAGGUCUACUUUACCGACGUGAUGCCCAAGACAGCCACCGGCAAGAUCCAGCGCCGCAUUGUUGCUGAGACCAUGCAGAAGCAGGACAGCAAGGCGAAGCUGUAA